UCGUGCUUAUACGAUAACAAAGUCUACAUAUCUUCCAAGGCUGCCAAAUUCAACAGCAAUGGAGAUCGAUUUCAGUCUCUCACAACUAGUAUACCCAGAACUCAAAACAACUUACCGGCUCAACUACACCGGCUCCACCAACUUCCACAUUUGGAAGACCAAACUCGGCUUUGUCCUCGUCGACAACCGUGUCGAAUACGUCCUAACCCGACCAUUACCCGAUAAACAAGCCGACCCGGAAGCCCACCAGAAGUUCCUUGAUGAUGAUUUCACUGCCCGCCACAUCAUCCUUGGUUCUCUUGACGACGCCCUCAUCAUCUCCUUCAAGCAUCAAGAGACGGCGAAGUCUUUGAUGGAUGCUCUAACCUCGUAUUUCACAAAGCCCUCCAUGUCAAAACGCAUGACUUUGCUUAGACGCUACGUCACCCACAAGAUGUCGGACGACACGUCGGCGCAGGAACAUGUUUUGACGAUGAUUAAUUUGGCUAUGGAUUUGAAAAUGGAGGGAGUCGAGAUUCCGGAUGAACUGCAGGCUGUUUUCUUAAUGAAUAGUUUGCCGGACUCGUGGCAGGAUUCGAUGUUUGGGAUGAUUAUGAACAUUGACAAGGAUGAGAAGGGUUUGAGUUUGCGGAAUGUGAUAGAUAAAGUGAGAACUACAGGGAGUUGGAAGGAGAUUUUCAGAGCACGUGACCGUGAUGAAGUUAAGUCGAAUUCUGGUUCGAGCAGUAGGAGUUUCAAAUUUAGAGGUAAGUGUUACGGCUGUGGGGAGGUUGGUCAUCGACAAGCCGAUUGCCCUUACGAGUAACGAGGUUUGAUGAUGAAGGAGCUAUGGAUCUUUUGAGCAUCAUGCUAACUAGGGUUGGAGUUAUGUCUUAAAAUGCUUUACUGGUGGAUAGUUUUGAUUUAGAAUAGAAAGAUGUUUUCCUUUUUUAACUAGUAAUGACUGAGUGAACUCUUUUCUUUGAUUGCAUUUAAUAUUUUUUGAGGUUCUUAGA